AUGCUUUCACGCUAUUCUGUUAAUUACUUCUACAAUAAAAGAGUUGAUCUUUUGUCACUCAGUGAGUUCAUACCAAAGGAAAAUAAGGUUAAUGUUCCAGAUGACCAUAAUGCUACUUCAGGAAGAAGUGCAAAUAAGCAGGUGUUUGAAGGUCUAACAACGGGGCUCCUGAGGAUAACAGCUGUGAUUUUCAGGUGCCUAAUCUCCAGCUUCCCAGAUGGAAACAACCACUCUACAACACUGAAGAUAAUACAGGAAGUGAAAAGCAAAUCCUCACAAGUGGAAGCCUUCAACAGCAGAAUCCAAGACUUGAUCAGUUACGUGGUGAACAUAGGACUGAUAGACAAGUUGUGUUGCUGUUUCCUGUCCGUCCAAGGCCCUGUUGAUGAGAACCCAAAAAUAGCAACUUUUCUACAAAAUGCCACAGCACUGUUGCAUGGAAUAUGUCAGCUCUGCUUUGCUGUCAGUGGAAGAUCUUGGAACAUAUUUGACAGUACGCGUCAGGAUCCCACAGGACUAACGGCGGUUCUUCAGGCUACGGAUCUGGUUGGAGUCUUGCAUAUGCUGUACUGUGUUCUUUUCCACGGCACAAUUUCAGAUCCAAACACAGCCAGUCCUAAAGACAGCUAUGCAGAGAACACAAUCCAGGUUGCCAUUCAGAGUUUACGUUUCUUCAAUAGCUUUGCGGUUCUUGAUCUGCCUGCUUUCCAGUCUAUCGUUGGUGCUGAAGGACUGUCCCUUGCCUUCCGCCAUAUUAUCAGCUCGUUGCUGUGGUACUGUUCCCAGCAUACCUGUGAAGGAUUGCUACAUGAAGUCAUUAUUUGUGUGGGCUAUUUUACUGUAAACAACACAGAUAACCAGAUCAUUGUGCAGUCUGGCCGUCACCCCACCGUGCUGCAGAAGCUGUGCCAGUUGCCUUUCCAGUAUUUCAGCGAUCCUCGGUUAAUCAAAGUGCUCUUCCCUUCGCUAAUAGCUGCUUGUUACAACAACCCUCAGAACAAGCUCAUUCUGGAGCAGGAGAUGAGCUGUGUGCUCCUCGCCACGUUCAUUCAGGAUUUUGCACAGAGCUCAGGCCAAAUGGAUAAUCUGUUAUCUCAGCAGAGGGGUAUGUCUCCAUUGAAUGUAACUGAGUACAACUGGGUAACAAAAUAUGUACAUACUGUGUUUUUCUGUGAUUUGGAUAUUUUUUGAAUCUGCAUCACCAUAAAAAGGAAUACAGUAAACUGCAAAAUGAUUUUCCACUCCUGGGAGAGGCUCUCUAGCUUAAAAGCUGACCUGAAAGUAUGUGACUUCCAGUCUUUGCUCACAGUAUCAGGAAUCUGGGCUGUUAAUCUUUAUUAAAUGCUACGUGGUAUUGUGUCUUAAAAUGUGAUACUGUAUGUGCACGUAUUUAAUUAGCUGUCACAAAGGCUGCUUUCAAAAGUCUUAGGUUACAGCAGCCGUGCAGCCAUCCCAGCACGCCCGAGGAGCCAGAAAUUAGUAAAAUACUGUCCUGUAAUUAUUCCACAAAGUUCCUCAGUCUACAGAAGAGUUGCAUUAUUUUCUCAGUUGUAAAUAUUGCAUAAAACACAGCUAACCCACCUAUGCUGGCCGGUUGGAAGGCGCUCAGCUAAGGCAGCUCUUGCUCGUUAAACAGAUGGGAAGUUGAAGUUUGCUGGUGGGAAAAUCAUCUGGAGUCACCCACAUUUUGCAUGAAGUGCAUCUCCCGUUUCUUCCCUCAUAGUGGGCAGAGUUUCACCACUUCAUUGCUGGGGGGUUGGCAGGGGAGGAACGGUUCUAGCUCUAAGUCAUAAGAUUUUUAAAAAUACAUUGCAAAAUGCAAAAUAAAGGUAGGUAUGGUGUGAUUUUUACUGUCAGCAUUCUCCCUUCUAGUCUGAGGCAGACCCAUGCAAUGUCUGCAAAAGAGACUUGUCAGAAUUAAUGUGUUUGCAUGAGAGUCAGCUUGAGAAACAGCUGAAGUCCAAGCAGUGAACUGCUUUUUAUUUUCAUUAUUCAAACGGAAUGAGCUUUUAAACAAAGAUGACUACGUGGUGACAUGAAAGUGUGAUUUCCAAACAUUCCCCAGAUGCAAAAAGCAGAGAUAGUAAUAGCAGCAUAGGCAGGAUUAUUUGUAUCUAUUUUAUCAUGCCAGUGUGAAGGGCAGCAUCCCCCCAAAAUGCAAAUGGGAACAAAAAGACCGCUUAUAAACGGGAGGGGAACGGCUGUUUAUGAGGGUGGAUAGUGAUAGGACGAGGGAGAAUGGGCUUAAACUGAGACAGGGGAGGU